CGGAGAAGAAGAGGCAGGAGGCGGAGGGGAGUUCGCAUGGCGCACGUGGAGAGAAGUUGUGCUGAAAGUUAUUCAGAGAAAACGGACAAUAAAUAAAGCAUAUAAGUAGCAGUGUAUGGAAGCUCAUGGACAUCAGCUGAAGCACGAUGAGUCUUCUACUGCAUGAGCUGCUCCUCUGCUGCCGGGGAUUAGAGAAUGAGAAGGCCACGGAAAGAAAGAAGGAGAUCGAUCGCUUCAAGAGGCUUCUUCGAGAUUCUGAGACAGUCAAGGAACUCGAUCGGACCUCUGCAUGCAGAGCCUCGAGGAGCAACACCCUCACCUGGGAUGCCGUGUUCAGGUUCCUGAAGAAAUACCUUCACAAAGAGACGGAGCUCCUGCAGUCAGGCAAAGCCAAUGUAUCUGCUACCACGCAGGCGAAUCGGCGGAAGAAGAUGCAGGAGAUCAGCAGCCUGAUCAAAUACUUUGUGCGAUGUGCCAACAAACGAGGUCCAAAGCUGAAGUGUGCAGAUCUCCUCGGUCAUGUGGUGGAGGUCAUGCAGAGCUCCUUCAGCUGUGCUGCGUAUGGAGAAGAUUACAGCAGCAUGCUGCUGAAGAACAUCCUCUCCGUCCGCAAGUACUGGUGCGAGAUCUCCCAGCAUCAGUGGCACAAUCUGCUGGAGUUGUAUUGUGGGCUCUUCACUGGGACCUCCAGGCCCAUCAACCGAGUUCUGGUCAGCAGGAUCAUUCACACCGUGGUUCAGGGGUGUUGUCUUCAGACUGAGGGCUUGUCUCACACGCUUUUCAGCUUUUUCUCUAAAGCUCUCAGUAACACCAGGGAGGAGAGGCAGCUGACCGUGCUGGAGCACCUGAUCUCCGCUCUGAAUGUCUUCCUGCGCUCCGUGGCCAUGAACUGCAGGAGACGGGUGUGCAGACUGGGCGAGGAGCUGCUGCCCUCUGUUCUUUAUGUGUGGAGCCAGAAGAGGCCCAGCUCCACUCUGAAAGAGGAGAUGGUGGAGUUCUUUAACCUGCAGCUGUGUGUCCACCAUCCCAAAGGAGCCAAGACUCUGGAGACAGGUGCCCAUGCAGAAGACUGGGUGAAAUGGCAGAGUCUUCUCUGCAAUCUCUACGAUGUCCUUGUAGAUGAGAUCAGCCAUAUCGGCAGUCGAGGGAAAUAUGCCACAGGAUCUCGUCAUAUUGCCGUCAAAGAAAACCUUAUAGAGCUGACAGCAGACAUCUGCCACCAGCUGUUCAGUCAGGAUGUGCGUGUUGUGGAGGUCCGAGGAGCGCAGAGGGACAGCCCCCAGAGCAGCAAGCGCAGGCGCGUGGAGCUCGGCUGGGAAGUCCUGAGAGACCACCUGCAGCCCCAUCACAGCGACUUUGACGUAAUACCAUGGCUUCAGGUGACUGCUGCUCUGACCUCCAAGUACCCCUCCAUGCUUCCGGCCCCCGAGCUGCUUCCUCUGCUGUCCCUGCUGUGCCAGCUGCUGGGUGAGCAGCAGCGGCGUGGAGAGAGGGGUCCGUACGUGCUGCGCUGCCUCAGGCAGGUGGCUCUUUGCCCGGCCGCCUGUUCACAAGGCUCCGGGGCUCAGCAGUGCGAGCUGGGCCGGCUGUGGAGCAAGGUGUGGGCGAUGGCCAUACGGGGGGUCAGCUCGGCCCAGACCGAGGCUCUGUGUCUGGAGCUGCUGCGUACCAUGGUGCAGUGUUCUCUGGUGCCCGUCGACAGAGAGUUCUGGAAGCUCUUCUCUAGUGCCAUCUGCAAACCCUCUACCGUUUCUGCCCUAAGCCUGGCGCAGGCUCUGUCCGCGUGUUCCAUCCCCAAGACUACAUACAGUAGCUCUGUGCUGCUGGAGGCAGGGAGACCUUCGUGUCUGAAGGAAAGCAUCAUCGACUGGAUUCUGAUGAACGAGCAGAGCGAUGAGGUGGAGGACGUCAGGCAUCACCCCGUCAUCUGCAGGGAUUUUCCUCUAAAUCUUAUUCCAAGGAUUCUGGUGACUUUAAUGCUGAAAGACACGUUGACAGGAAUGCUGUUUCUGAUGGACUCUCUGCAUCUGGAUGGCCUCAGUCCUCCAGAGCCUCCAGAGUCUAAAAACAUCUUGUGUGAAAUAGAGGCUCUGUAUCUGCAGUUCAGUUUUGAUGACACAACCUCCUGCUCCGAGAUCAGAGAAGACAGAACCUGUGGGGAGAACCCUCAGCUGACCGUCAUCGGUGCCCUGAGAACCCAUCUGGAGCAGAGUCUUCAGUCUGUGGCAGAACAUCUGCUGAACUCCUACUCUCCUGAUAGCUCCGUCACUCCUCCUGUGUGUAUGGUGCGCUGUCUAAGGCUGCUCACUGGAGUCCUGGGCGCCUUCGUUUGCAUCGGACUCUUCACAGCGGAAGACGCGUGUCACUGCGCUCUGUUUCAGAAGGCAAAGGCUUUAGCACAGGACUUCAGUGACUAUGUGUCGUCUACAAAGAACAAGCUGUCUGACGACGAAACUCUUUCCACACUUAAAUCUGUGAUGCUGUUGUGCUCAGAAAGUGUCAGCACGAAAAAUAAGGACAGUGUGUCUACAAUCACUCGCAGCUUGUUCACGAAAGCUUUGCCUGGCAGGCUGCUCACUGAACUGUCUGAUAUCUGCAAGCUGAUGCUGAAUAACUCGGGAAAGAGAGACAGCGUCGUCAUUGAGAGCGACCCGAUGGAUGAUUUGGAGAUGACCACCACCCAAGCAGAGGAGAACCCUCAGGAGGAGCUCGAUCUGUUUGAUGAUGGUGAUGUGGCACACCAAAGCACCAGCGGAGCACCGAAGCCUAACGGGGACGAUUCCCAGCACGGUUUGGGAGCUGAGAGUCCUCUGUCCCAGGACCUCCUGACCAAUCAGGAUCUGGCCUUCCUGUCUACUCUGGAGUUCCUAUCUCUGUGUGUGUCCUUUGACAUGGGCCACGGACUUGCCUUCAAACCGACGGAGAUCCGCCGCAGACUGUUAAAACUGCUCGAGCAGAUUGACUGUUCCAAACCGCUGCACCUCAGAAUGUACCUGGCUCUGCUGAAAGAACUCCCUGCAGAGGAGACGUCUCUGACAGCCGAGGAGUUUGAUGCCCUCCUCAGGCCUCUCGCGGACGUGUGCUCUCUGUACCGUCAGGAUCAGGAGGUCUGUUCCUCCAUCCUGUUGGCUCUGCUGCCCUGUGUUCGUUGUCUGGGUCGAGUGCGCUGCUCCGAUGAGGAAGCUGAUGAGAUGAACCAUGUACGGGGGGCACUGCUCAGGGUGGUCUCCGGCUUCAGUAUCUUGGCUAGAAGUGGUAAAUGCACGUCAGCUGUGAGGGCGGCUCUGGGGCGCUGCUUGCUCGCAUUUCUUGAGGCCGACCCUUGCUGUAAGUGGGCGGUCCUUUCUCUGAGAGAGGAGGAGCUUCCGGUGUGUGCAGUUCUGCCUUCCCACCUUGCCGACCCCCACCACCAUGUUCGCAUGUUAACAGCCAUGACAGUAGAGAGGUUGUUCUUGGAGAAGGCGGUUCAGAAUAGAGAGCGGAAAAAAAUGCUCCCGCUGAAACAUCAGCAGACGGCCUUUGAGAACGUCUACCUGAAAGCUCAGGAGGGGAUGAAAAUCCAGAGGAGCGGAGCCCCAGAGGACCUUCCUGAUGAAACCUUUAACCGUCGGGCGACUCUGCUGAAGAGCCUCUCCGUGGUCAUGUGCUGUAGCCCCGUGUGUGAGAAGCAGGCGCUCUUCGCCCUCCUUCAGUCGUACAACAGCAUUGAAGAGCAGCUCAUUAAAAAGGUUCUGGGCGGCGUGUCUCGUUCUUUGGGCUACAGGAGCUCUAAGGCAUUCGUCUGGUCUCACCUGUAUUACCUGGUGGCUGAGUGGCUGGGACAGAGAGAGAAGGACUCCAGCUACACUCUCCAGUCCUUCCCCUACACGCUGCUGAAUUACAGCACUCUGGAGGAGUUUUACAGGUUGUCCUACCAUGUGCUGAUCCCACACUUGGUCUUCCUCAACGACUUCGAGCAGGUGAAAUCUAUCGGCAGUCAUCUCAAGGAGGACUGGAGAAAGCUCCUGGCCAACUGCUUCCCGAAGAUCAUGGUGAACAUCCUGCCACACUUCGCCCUACCCGGUCAGGACGCCCAUGAAGCGCAGCAGAGAGAGAAAGCCUACCGGGUUUAUGACCUGCUGAAGGACAGUGACUGUCUGGGGAAACAGCAAAUCGACAGCCUGAUUUGGGGGAACCUGGCGGAAAUUGUGGUGGAACUGUUAAUGACCCUUUAUGAGGGUGCAGGAGCGGUCAGUGCAGACAGAGGGGACCUGCAGAAGUUUAUUGGGGAACUGGAUCCGGCGCCCAAUCCUCCUUUCUUCAGCUCCAGCGUGAUCCGAGAUACAUUAGACCACCUCAGCAAGUGCCACAGCGCCACUCACAAGUCUCUGGUAGCCAUUCUGUCCAAGACUCCGAUGUCCAUGCAGAAGAUCCUGGCCUCGAUUUGUCAGCGAGCAGCUGAGACCACUAACGCGUAUGAGAGGCACCGAAUCCUGAUGAUGUAUCACCUGUUUGUGAACCUCCUGCUGCGGGAGGUGAAGGACGGGCUGGGAGGAUCGUGGGCCUUCGUGCUCCGAGACGUCAUCUACACCCUCAUACACCACAUCAACAGCAGGUCAGUCCAGCAGGACGAGGUGUCCACGCGCAGUCUCGCUCUGUGCUGCGACCUGCUGACCACCGUCUGCCAAACCGCCAUCCACUUCUGUGACGACGCGCUGGAGACCCACCUUCAGGUCAUCGUCGGUACCCUCACAGCUCUGGUCACUCAGCAGUCUGCUAUAUCUCAACAGGUGCUGCGUCUGCUGAAGUUCCUGGUGAUAGAUAACCCGGAUAACAGGUACCUGAGGAGAGCCAUUCCUUUGCUGGAGCCUUUUCCUGACCAGCCAGCCUUCAGAGAGCUGAGAGCAGCUCAGCACGCGCUCAAAUACAGCUCUGGAGCCUUCAGCCUCAGACAGGAGGUUGAGCAUUUUCUGUCUGUGACAUCAUGCGACUCGUUACCUCUGACUCGACUGGAGGGACUGAAGGAUUUAAAAAGACAGCUCCACACCCUCAAACAGCAGAUCGAACAGCUGCUGAAGGAAUGUCAUGCUGACCCAGCUGGAAGUGUGCUGGUUAAACUGGUCCUGAACCUCCUGCAGCUGUGCAAGCUCGCAGCCAAUCACCCUGGGGGCAGAGACAUCCUGGAGGCGGUUGGGGGGUGUCUGGGAGUGCUGGGCCCUGUGGACCUGUCCACCAUCGCACUUCAUCAUGGAAAAGACCAGAUCUACUCUCAGGCAGCUGCACUUUGCCCAGAUGCUCUUUCUCAGUGGAUCUUCAUCAUCCUCAGCUGUAUGAACAAUGCACUGACGCACCACAGUAUUUCUGUCCGUCAGGCUGCUGCUGUUUGUCUGAAGGAUGUCCUGGCCACCCAGUCUGGCUUGGACUUCUGGGAAAUGUACAAGAGCCAGGGAGAUCCGAUGCUUCUCUACCUGAGUCCCUUCCGCUCUGCCAAGAGAAAGGAGCAGACGGUGAAAAGCGAAGUAGCCCCUGCAUCCAGGGAUCGGCUGGACAGUGUGGACCUGUGGUUGGUACAGCCUGGUCGCCACAAGGACUGGCUGCGGAACCUGUGCAUUGCUUUGCUGGACAGUGGAGGUGUUCAAAAUGAAGCCCUGCUGAUGACCAGACCACUCUGUGAGGUGAAGACAGAUUUCUGCCAGAAGGUUCUGCCCCUCUUCAUCCAUGACGUGCUGCUGGGGGACAGGAGCGGCUCCUGGAGGGAACUCCUCUCCACACACAUACAGGACUUCUUUAGCAGCUGCUCCAGACCAGCCAAGCCCAGCAGCCGGCCCACCACUCCCACGUCUCCCGAUUCAGGAGAGGCGGAUGCAAACGGCCAGAGUCAGCCGGAUAAGUGUUCUCUGCGCACCAUGCUGGCCGUCAUUAACUACCUCAGGCAGCAGGGCCGACCGCUGAGACCCGGCAGUGCUGAGUACGGAACCGUGUGCGAGUCCAACUUCUGGCUGGAUCUGAACUAUCUGGAAGUGGCUCUAGCAGCACAGCUGUGUUCAGCCCAUUUCACAGCACUGCUGUACUCCGAGAUCUACGUCGACAACAUCCGGACCAACAUGGAAGAGAAGCGCAGAGCUCAGUCUAGAACAUCAAGAAGGAUCACAUUUGAUGACAGCAGCCAGAACCUCUCCAUCGGCAGCAUGUCUGAGAAGAGUGUGGAGGACUCUGGCAUUAGCCUGCAGGACCUGCUGAUUGAGGUGUACAGGAGCAUCGGGGAGCCUGAUAGCCUGUAUGGAUGUGGAGGUGGCAAGUUGAUUAAUCCUCUAACCAGAAUCAGGACCUAUGAGCAUGAGGCCAUGUGGGGAAAGGCGCUGGCCUCGUAUGACCUUCACACCAACCUUCCAGAGGUCACGAGGCAGGUUGGCAUAGUGGAGGGUCUGCAGAACCUGGGGCUUUGUAGCAUCCUCAGUACGUACCUGGCGGGUCUGGAGAGGGAGGUGGCCGAGUGGAGCCCUGAGCUCAGAGAGCUCCGCUUCCAGGCAGCCUGGAGGAGCACACAGUGGGAUCAGGACCUGCCUGGGAGGAGUGAGAAGCUGAAUCUGGGCUUUAAUGAGUCCAUAUUUACUUCUCUGCAAGCUCUGAAGGACAAGGACUUCACUAUGUUUGGACAAACUCUGAAAUAUGCCAGGGGGAGCGGGGUGGACGAGCUCUGCCGUGGCAGUCUGGAAGCUGUGUCCUCUCUCUAUCCUGCUCUCUGCAGCUUACAGAUGAUCGAGGAACUCCAAAGUGUCAGACCUCUCUUCUCAGGACCCGUUUCUGACUCCGACCUGGUGGAGGUCUACAGUAAGUGGCAUCAGCACUUGGACCUGUUGACGGACAGCGACUUCAGCCUGGUGGAACCCAUCCUGGCUCUGCGGUCAUCCAUUCAGGAAACGCUGCUCACCUGCGAGGCUGAUCCAGGCAGGAAGACCUACCUUAGCUCCGCCUACUCCUCCCACCUGAUGGAGCUGUGCAGGCUGGCCCGCUCAGCAGGAAACACGCAGCUGGCGGAGCGAGCGGUGUUCCAGAUGAAGCAGCACAGCGGGGUCAGCUCGGGCUCGGUCAGCUCCUGGGCCUGGCAGCUGGAGGAAGCUCAGGUGUUCUGGGUGAAGAAGGAGCAGGGACUGGCUCUGGGAUUGCUCAGACAAAUGAUCGACAAGCUGCAAGAUCUGGUGGAGGUGAACCCUGCUGUGGUGCCAGUGUACGCCGAGUGUCUGAGGCUCUGUGGGAGCUGGCUGUCUGAGACGUGUCUGGAGAGUCCUGCCGUCAUACUGGACAGCUAUCUGGAGAGGGCUGUGGAGGUGAUCGUGGGCCAUGGUGGAGCUCCGGACCCCAAACUGCAGAGCCAGAAGACCCAAGCCUUCCUGUCACUGGCUCGCUUCUCUGACGCACAGUACCAAGGCAUUGAGAACUACAUGAGGUCAUCCGAGUUUGAGAACAAGCAGGCUCUGCUGGAGAAAGCCAAAGAAGAGGUGGAUCUCAUGAAGGAGAGGAAAGUCACCAACAACAGAUACACUGUGAAGGUCCAGAGGGAGCUGGAGCUGGACGUACGAGCUAUGUCCAACCUGCAGGCCGACCGCAGGCGUUUCCUCCUCAAGGCUGUGGAGAACUACAUCCGGUGCUUGGAGCUGGGCGAAGAGCACGACACCUGGGUCUUCCGUCUGGCCUCACUCUGGCUAGAGAACGCUGACGUCAGGAACGUCAAUGAUAUGAUGAAGGAAGGUGUGAAAAACAUUCCCUCAUACAAGUUCCUGCCCCUGAUGUACCAGCUGGCUGCCCGCAUGGGCACCAAAGUCUCCAACCCAGUCACUUCAGAAGAUGUGGGGUUCCACACUGUCCUCACUGAGCUGAUCUGUCAGGCAUGUAUGGACCAUCCUCAUCACACCCUCUUCAUCAUCCUCGCUCUGGUCAAUGCCAACAAAGACGAGAGUUUCUCCCGCAUCCGACUGUCCAAGAGCAGUGCACGGCAGCCCUCGCCGCUGGACCUGGAAAGAGCUGAGGUGGCCCUGAAAAUCAUGAACGAGAUCCGGAAGCGGAAGGCUCAGAUGAUCAGGGGUAUCGAGACGCUCUGCAGUGCCUACAUCACCCUGGCCUACAUGGAUGCGAGCCGGCAUAAAACUGAGAAGAAGGCAAUACCCAUUCCAGUAGAUCAGCCCAUCAUGCAAAUCAAAGAUCUAGACGACGUCAUUAUCCCCACUAUGGAGAUCAAGGUGGAUCCAUCAGGCAGAUAUGAGGAUCUGGUGACCAUCAGCUCUUUCAAACCUCACUUUCACCUGGCCGGAGGCGUAAACCUGCCCAAGAUCAUUGACUGCGUGGGUUCAGACGGCAAGAGCAGGAGACAACUGGUCAAGGGCCAGGAUGACCUGAGGCAGGACGCAGUGAUGCAGCAGGUGUUCCACAUGUGUUCCAUGCUUCUACAGCGCAACACCGAGACACGCAAGAGGAAGCUCAACAUCCGCAGAUACAAAGUGGUGCCGUUUUCCCAGCGGAGUGGCGUUCUGGAGUGGUGUUCUGGUACUGUACCCAUAGGAGAGUUCCUGGUGGACCCGCAGAAGGGGGCUCACAAACGCUUUCGGCCCCAGGACUGGACCAACCUAUCCUGUCGCAAGAAAAUGAUGGACGCUCAGAGGAUGGGGUUUGACGCGAAGCUCCAGGCGUUCACAGAGGUUUGCCAGAACUUUCGUCCUGUGUUCCGCUACUUCUGCAUGGAGAGGUUCCUAGACCCGGCUGUGUGGAUGGAGAAGAGGCUGGCGUACACUCGCAGCGUGGCAACUUCUUCCAUAGUGGGCUACAUCGUGGGACUGGGUGAUCGACAUAUUCAGAAUAUUCUGAUAGACGAACAGACCGCAGAGCUGGUCCAUAUCGAUCUGGGUGUUGCGUUUGAGCAGGGGAAGAUUUUACCCACUCCGGAGACUGUGCCCUUCAGGCUGUCCCGAGACAUCGUGGAUGGAAUGGGCAUCACUGGGGUGGAGGGGGUCUUCAGAAGAUGCUGUGAAAAAACCAUGGAGGUCAUGAGAAGUUCUCAAGAAGUUCUUCUGACCAUAGUAGAGGUGCUGCUCUAUGAUCCACUGUUCGAUUGGACAAUGAACCCGCUGAAAGCCUUUUACCUGCAGCAGCAGCAGGACGAGCAGGCCGAGCUGAAUGCCACCCUCAACCCCACGCCCGCCGGAGAGGAGCCUGAGGCCCACCGCAAAGCCAGCAGUGACAGUCAAAGCUUCAACAAGGUGGCGGAGCGGGUUCUGCUGCGGUUGCAAGAGAAGCUGAAGGGCGUAGAGGAAGGGGCGGUGCUCAGCGUAGGUGGACAGGUCAACCUCCUCAUCCAGCAGGCCAUGGACUCCGAGAACCUUAGCCGCCUGUUUCCCGGCUGGCAGGCCUGGGUCUGAAAUGUACUGUAAUACUGGUACUGUAAAUGUGCCAUAUAGGCUCCGUACAUGUAAAUGUAUAGCUGACAUCAGGGCUAUUAUUGGUCAGCACUUGGCUGUAAAUAGAAGUGAAUGAAUGAGCGUCAGGCUGAAGGUUUGAGGUUAUGCCGUUUAAGUUUUCCACUUCGCUUUAUGUUGUCAUUUUUUAAUGUUUGUUUUCCCUACAUGGUGAUUCUGAUCCUAUAUUUGUGAUGAUUUUGUAAAGAAAAGGGAAGUUAUUUGUGUGAAAGUUCAUAUUUUGCGUUUUGUAAAUGACAGAAGCUGCUGUCAGAUUUAUCAUUGGCACUUUAUAAAAAACACCCAAUUUUAAAGGUAUUUUUAUCAUACAGUCCGAUCAGGAGCCCGCUGCUUCCUUCUAGAGUGCAGAGAUAGCACCAAAUAAAAUCAGGGUUCUAUCGGUUUUCCCCACCUGACUGUAACUGUUUUACUCCAUCAGUUACCAAAGUUAACGUAAAAGAUGCAUCACUGCUUUUUAUACACAGAUCAGGCAGAACAUUCUGACCACCUCCCUGUUUCUACACUCACUGUCCAUUUUCAGCUCCACUGACCGUUU